AUGUCAUCAGCCCAGGACCCAUUUUACAUUGUGAAAGAGGAGAUACAAGAUUCUGUUGAUAAGUUGCUCUCCACUUUUCAUCAAUGGGAACCGAUGCCUUCAAAUAGUGGGGAGCAACUGAAGCUUACUAAGGAGCUAGUUGCCGCAUGUGAGAGCAUUGAAUGGCAGGUUGAUGAGCUGGACAAGGCAAUUGCUGUAGCAUCGAGGGAUCCUGCGUUGUAUGGUAUUGACGAGGUGGAGCUUGAUAAAAGAAGGAGAUGGACUAGCAAUGCUCGUGAUCAGGUGAAAAAUGUGAAGAAAUCAGUCGUAACUGGGCGGGAGUUGAAUGGAACAAGCACCACUAAUUUCAAUGGAAUGCAUCGUGAACUUAUGAGGCUUCCAAAUUCACAUCAACCUAAUCAAUCAAAUCAGUACCGCGUGCCAGAUAAUGAUGAUUUCAUAUCAUCGGAAUCUGACAGGCAGUUACUUCUAAUAAGGCAACAGGAUGAAGAACUGGAUGAACUCAGUGCCAGUGUGCAAAGAAUCGGAGGUGUCGGGCUUACAAUACACGAUGAACUUCUUGCUCAGGAAAAGAUUGUAGAUGAGCUGGGCAUGGAGAUGGACAGCACGUCAAAUCGUCUUGAUUUCGUUCAGAAAAAGGUUGCUAUGGUUAUGAAGAAGGCUAGUGCCAAGGGCCAACUUAUGAUGAUCUUGUUCUUACUCGUUUUGUUUAUUAUUCUAUUCGUUCUCGUAUUCCUCACAUAA